AUCUAGGUGAUGGGUAAAGCAUUCAUUAUCUAGGUGAUGGGAAAAGCAUUCAUUAUCUAGGUGAUGGGUAAAGCAUUCAUUAUCUAGGUGAUGGGAAAAGCAUUCAUUAUCUAGGUGAUGGGUAAAGCAUUCAUUAUCUAGGUGAUGGGAAAAGCAUUCAUUAUCUAGGUGAUGGGUAAAGCAUUCAUUAUCUAGGUGAUGGGUAAAGCAUUCAUUAUCUAGGUGAUGGGUAAAGCAUUCAUUAUCUAGGUGAUGGGUAAAGCAUUCAUUAUCUAGGUGAUGGGAAAAGCAUUCAUUAUCUAGGUGAUGGGUAAAGCAUUCAUUAUCUAGGUGAUGGGAAAAGCAUUCAUUAUCUAGGUGAUGGGAAAAGCAUUCAUUAUCUAGGUGAUGGGUAAAGCAUUCAUUAUCUAGGUGAUGGGUAAAGCAUUCAUUAUCUAGGUGAUGGGUAAAGCAUUCAUUAUCUAGGUGAUGGGUAAAGCAUUCAUUAUCUAGGUGAUGGGUAAAGCAUUCAUUAUCUAGGUGAUGGGUAAAGCAUUCAUUAUCUAGGUGAUGGGAAAAGCAUUCAUUAUCUAGGUGAUGGGAAAAGCAUUCAUUAUCUAGGUGAUGGGUAAAGCAUUCAUUAUCUAGGUGAUGGGUAAAGCAUUCAUUAUCUAGGUGAUGGGAAAAGUAUUCAUUAUCUAGGUGAUGGGAAAAGCAUUCAUUAUCUAGGUGAUGGGUUUUAAAGCAUUUUUUUCCCACUUGAAACGCCAUGUUCUGUCUCCCAGCUCUCGAUACUUGGUACCGGGUAAUAACCACGUUAAUGGGACAUGCAAAUACCUAAUAAACAACUAGGACUCAUUGAUUUAUGCUUCAGUGUAACAAAUCUUUAAAAAAAAAAAAAAAAAAGCUACAGUUUUUUUUUUAAUUGGACAAAAGAAGUUCAAAGCCUUGAUAUCACUGGUUUUAAACUAUGUGAUGUGAUUGUAUCAGAAUUUUUUUUUUUCAUUAUCUGAUUGAACCUACACCUUGUUGAAUGUUUUAAUCUUUGAUCAUCAUUAUUUAUUUGAGUACCUUACAUGAUGCUGGGAGAGUAGAAUAAAGUGCCAACUGACAUGUUAUAUCUGAUAAGGUUUUGGAUACUUACCUGCACAGAUACUUACAUUUGUCACUACCAUGGUAACGGUAACAUUUUGUUAUAGUUGCCUUGGUUACCUCCAUGGUAACUGUCAUGGUAACCAGAUAUUCAUUAUGAUGGUGAAUGGUGAUGUUAGAACCCAAAACCUAUCAUUGUAAAAAAGCCAACAAAAAAAAAUUUUUUUGUUUCUUCUUAAUUUAAACUGCUGCUUGAUAAUUUCGGCUGUCAGUUGAUUUUGAAAGUAAAAUGACCCUUCAUCUAAAUCCAAUAUACAUGUAGUACUAACUGGCCAGGAGGAACAGUCAUGUUAUCACAAUGACGGUGGUUGACUUGAUUUGUAGUACAUAUUUGAUGAUGGUAUAAUUUUUCCAAUUAAGUGAAUUUGUGAUAAUUAAGAUGUAAAAUAUUUACAGAUUAUGUUUAAGACUGUACUGUGAUAGCAAGUAAAUAACAUGAAUAAGGUGUUUUUUUAUAUUUCUCUGUAUUACAUCUAUAUUUUUGUAUUACUUUUUGUAGACAUGUAUGAUUAUAUCCUAAUACCGGUAGUACGUCUGUUAGAUGGUUUCACAUCAUAUCAGGGUUGUGUAAUUUUCACUUGCCUAACAAGCAUGCUUUAUGUUAUGGUACUGAACACUUGAGUAUUUAUGGUAUGAGGGACAGUGGGAUAACACUAUAAUUGUACACCCCUGCUUUAUCAAACUCACUUAACCUGACAUUUGUUUGAUGUAAUCUACUAUUACUGAUGGAGAUUUGUUUAACAUUCAUAGACUCGCUCACAACAGAAAACUAACUCUAGGUCUUCCGGAAUCAAAAGGUCUUCGAUCAAAUCCAUGUAAUGAGCAGUUGGUUGGGUUUGAUGUUUUGCCUCCUAUCAUGUCUAACAGUGUCCGUAUACAGAUGUAUAUAGGAGUAGCCAAACAUCAAUCCAAUCAUCAGAAUCAUAGAAAAAAACUGCCAAAGCAUAGAAAUUUAGAUAGAUCAAGGUAUGGCAGGUUCCUUCAUACUGAUUCCACGAGGAGUGUGGUGAGUACUGACCCUGUGGGGAAGGUAGAAAGUUCUAAACCAGGCCCUGUGGGGAAGGCAGAAAAUUCUAAACCAGGCCCUUUGUGGAAGGUAGAAAGUUCUAAACCUGACCCUGUGGGGAAGGUAGAAAAUUCUAAACCUGGCCCUGUGGGGAAGGUAGAAAGUUCUAAACGAGGCCCUGUGGGGAAGGUAGAAAGUUCUAAACCAGGCCCUGUGGGGAAGGUAGAAAGUUCUAAACCUGGCCCUGUGGGGAAGGUAGAAAGUUCUAAACCUGGCCCUGUGGGGAAGGUAGAAAGUUCUAAACUUGACCCUGUGGGGAAGGUAGAAAGUUCUAAACCUGGCUCUGUGGGGGAGGUAGAAAGUUCUAAACCAGGCCCUGUGGGGAAGGAAGAAAGUUCUAAACCAGGCCCUGUGGGGAAGCUAGAAAAUUCUAAACCAGGCUCUGUGGGGAAGGUAGAAAGCAUUCAACCCUCUUCUGUAGGGAAGGCAGCGAGUACUCAACCUGGAUCGUUGGGAAAGACAGAAAGUACUCGAACCAGCCGAUUGGGAAAGGUAGAAAGUACUGAAUCCGGCCCUGUUGGGAAGGUAGAAAGUACUCAACCUGUUCUGAUAGGAAAGAAAAAGGACUUUAUCCUCCGUACGAAAGGGAAGACUGAAAACCAUUAUGUCACACCCACAGAUCACAGCAUCGAAACACAAAUUGCCAAACUAAAACAGGUGAAGGAUAAUUGUUUAAACCAUAACCCAGUUUUACCUGCCAUAGGUUCUUAUUUUUCAGUAGAUUUACAUAGAGAUUCUUUACCUGUACAAAUAGACUCAAAAGGUGAAAAUGCAAAUUUAACUGAUGAGUAUGAAAGUACAAAAAUCUUAGAUGAUGAAGUUAGUGGUUCAGUACACUUGUCUCAAGUAGUGACUGGUGAAGGAGAUGACAUGGGUAACAAUAGACCUGGGAACUCAGCACUCUCCCUGGUGGGGAGUAGUGAUGAUGGGGAAGGGUUUACAAUCGGGGUAUCUAUAAGGGGCAUUGAUGUAGAUAGAAAUGAAUACACUCAAGUCCGGAGCAGUGAUCAGAACUUUCCAGAACAGCUUCGGAAGGACGAAGAAUCUUCAAAGAUAGUCACAAUCACAACAGAUUUGUCUACUGCUCAUAUGGACAGACAAUACUCUUCUGGGGGACCCAAGAACUCUAGACAACCAAUGAGAAUGGAUUCGGGUAAUGAUUACCCGCCAGUAAGCAACAACCUCAAUCUGAAGAAAGGAUAUCGAAGCUCAGAUAACAGCCUGUCCUCCUCUGUGGGGAAAUUGUCGUCCCUGACAAGAUCAGAGGGCAGUUUGGAUGGCUCAGACAAGUACCAUGAUGACUCGAGAUCAGAAACAACAGAGGGUGGACGGACAAACCGGUCAGAUCGCUCUAGUAUCCAGGGUGACAAAAAGGACCCCCAGCAGGCACAGAUGGAUAGUGAUGCUAAACAACUGUUCAACGCCUCCAAGCUCAUAGGCAGAGUUCACCCUGAAGACAUCAUUAUCAGGACCUGUGUGAGACGCAACCAGAAACAGAGAAUGAAGACUAAAGCCAGAUUUGAGGAACUCUAUGAGCUGGAGCUGAUUCCAGAGUUGAAGUCAGGGCUUGGAGCCAGCUGGCACCUUUUGAUAGAUGCUCUCCUGGACGACCGCACCACUUCCUCAGCCAGGGCUAUGCAUGAUGCUUUAGAGGAAGGGAACUACAAUACAGCCGUAGAGAUUUUAUGUCUGAGUACUCCGCAGUCCCUGGCCACAUUGAACGACCUCUACAACAAAGACUAUGCUGUGAGUUUGGAAGGAGACAUCACUGAUAAGACAGAGGCUCCAGAACAGACACUACUACUUGCCCUACAGAAGGGCCGUGAUGAGUCUGUAAAGGUAGAGGAGAAGCAGGCUGAGAAGGAUGCAGAUUCUCUGUACGAGUCUGGUGAUGGUCGUUGGAGUAGUGACACAGGCCCUUUCAUUAAGAUGGUUUGUGCCCGUAAUUUUGCCCAUAUCCGAGUUGUCUUGAACCUGUAUAGAGUUCUGACAGGGGGCAAGGAUGUGACAGAGGAUAUAAAGAAUGAAUGUUCCCGACAGUAUGCGGACUGUCUGGUCACCAUGGUGAAUUGUGUGAGAGGAGCUGAUACUUAUUUUGCUGAUAAGAUUUUCAAGAACAUGUCUGCCAAAGACCAAGACUUUGUAAACAUGUUGGUAGCUCGGUCUGAGGAAACAAAACAAUGUGCUAGCAAAAUUGACAUGCCUGCCAUUAAGAGGGCCUACAAGAAGAAGUAUGAUGCCGAGUUGGUGGAUGACCUUAAACACAAAUGUAACCAUCCCACUAUCAAUGUCCUCAUAGAACUCAUCAACAAGAUACCCCAGGGGCAGGGGAAAAAGAGUAAGCCACCUGUGCCUGUUGGAGCUGCCAAACGGCCAAUCAAACGUCCUCCACAUGCCCAGACAAAGGAGGAAGAGGCCAACACUCCUCGUAACCCCCUUGCUGCACCUAGUCAGCGUAUUACUGCUGAGGUGGUCAGUCAGCGCCAAGGGCAGGAGAUUGCACGUGAGAAAGAGAAGGAAGCAAGGGAGAGAGAGAAGGGACAGAAGAAGGAAAAAGAGAUGAUGAAGAAGAAUAUCAGUGGUACUGUGAAGCCAAGCAAGUCCUUCCAUCCUGACGAUGAUUGUGACAAACUACAUGACGCCUUAGGGAAGUAUGGGACAGAUGAAACACAGAUCACAGAGAUCCUCACUCAGCGAUGUAAUGUCCAGAGGCAACAGAUCAAGAAAAUGUACAAUGGCAAGUUCAAACAGGACCUUCAGAAGCAGCUUGAGCAAGUUUUGGAGGGAGACUAUGAGGAAAUCCUAAUGGGACUGUUAAAGACCCCGGCUGAGUAUGAUGCUCGAUGUAUACAUGAAGCCUUGGAUGGGAUGGGCUCACGUGAUGGUACACUAUUGGGUAUCAUUGUCACUCGUGACAAACAGGAAAAGAUGGCUAUUGCUGAUCAUUACAAAAAAGCUUACAAGACUGAUGUUGAGGAUGACAUAAGGAAGGAGGAUGCUGAUUCUGACUUUGGUAACUUGUUAGUAGCUAUAUGGUCAGGUGAGAGGGAGACUGGCUCAGUCAACCAGACGCGGGCACAUCAGGAGGCCAAGAUGUUACUCAGGAAUGGCAAGGCUGUUCAUCCUAAGGAUGAAACUUACACCAACCUGAUGGUCAAAUCAAGUCAUGCCCAGGUGAAAGCGACAUUCCUGGAGUAUGCAAAUUUGGCUGGGCAGGACAUCUAUGCUGGACUGAUCACGGCUGGUUUGGGUGACAACGAGGACGGAUACAUCUCUCUAGCCAUGGCAGUGCAGGACCCGCAUGAUUUCUAUGCAGAGAAGUUGAAUUCCUGUUUCAGCAGUAUGGGCGUCAAUGACAACAUGCUGAUUCGAAUGACUGUGUCACGCUCAGAGAGAGACCUUGGAAAAAUCAAAGAAAGGCUACAGGAGCGGUACAAGAAGAGUCUGUCCCAGCUGAUUCGAUCAGAUUGUAAAGGGGAUUACAAACAGAUGCUCCUGGAAAUUAUUGGAGAAUAAACUUAAUUGUCGGAAAAUAAACUUGGUUUGCUAAGAUACAGUAUUAUUUGGGAGUACAAAUGACUUCAGUACCUGCAUUUUGUGUACAUUCUAAUGCAAGAAUUCCAUGUGAUAAUGUUACUAUAUAUGACAGUCCUUCAGUAACACUGCCGUUAUCUCGGCUACUGUUGUCAUCAUUGUAGUGGUUUACAAUGGUGUCUUCUUGCCUUGUCUGUCCAGUAAGCUAAUGUGAUAUAAUAUUAACUUGAAGUUACUUACAUAAUCAUAUUGUAACUGCAUGAUCAUGUGAUAAACACUUGAUAAAAUGUUAUAACUGUUCAUGAUGUUAUAAAAUACGUGUAUUACACAAAUUAAUUAUUAUAUUUAUAAAAUAUUACAGAUAUUAAUUACUGUAACUGAUGUGAUACAGUGUUACUGAUGUACAGUACUACGGAGAUUAUGUGUGACACUACAUUACAUGUAGUGCUAAAUCUACUGUUAUAUUAUUUGCUAAUUUCUUCUUCAUUAGCUAAUUAUUUUCACUCACUGGAUCAAUUAAUAUAUCCAUCUGUGAUAUCUGUCCAUCACUGGCACAUCAAUGUUUGACUAAUAUUUACAUUCAUCAUAAUUUCUUGCAUAUAUAAACAAUAGCUUUAUGAAUUUAAGUGUACAGCUCUAGUACAUUGCUGAGGGUUAUGUGUUAUGUAAUGAAUUUUUCAAGUAGAGGUACAUUGCAAUGAAAUCCUCUGUAAUGUAUUUGCCAUGGGUUAUCUGCUAUGUAUUGAAUUUUCAAAGUAGAUGUACAUUUCGACGGAAUACUCUGUAAUGUAUUUCUAAGUCUACCUGUGAGUAGGCACCUAGUACUUCGCCAAUUACUCCACAGGAGAUACAACAAGUUAAUUCUAGGUAGUUCACAAAAUCUUUGACAAUGCAUUUAUAGACAUCAACAUUAAGAAAGUUCUCUUAAAAUGCAAAAGUCAUUUCAGCAGUGUUUAAGUUGAAUUGUGUUAACUAUGCCAAAGAACAUGACAAUUAGAAGGCAGUCAGCUUCAGGGCUAUUCCAGAGUAACUUAGAGCUGUAUGAUGGCUUGGAAUAACAUAGUUUCCCUUGUAAGAAAAUCCGUUUGUUAAGCUACAUGUGUUGAGAGACAAGUUUGAAUAUUGUAUAGCCCACAGUUAAACAUUUGUCAGAUAGCCUGCUUCACCAGGUAGCUUGCAGAAAACACUUUUUUUAUGUUUUAAAUUGCAUAGCCUCAUAUACUGUACACAGGAAAUUGUAU